UUUUCCGUAGAGCUUAGCGCUUAGUUAAAGACGUGGUUUGCUGUCAAGACGUUCUCGAAACACAUUUCGCGGGUUUUCGAAAUUAUACACAACACAUUGAGUACAGCAAACAAGCUUUUAAAAUUUAGACCGAACAUGGACACGGACAGUGAGCGCGAGCGAAGUAGUGAUCCCAAUCUAUUAACCAGCAGCGAUAAUCAUACAUUUCAUGACGACGACGAUGAUGAGGAUGACGACGACGCUGACUCUUCAGCGCCAGAAUAUGGCGAGGAUAUUGGUGAUAUGAGAGACAUUGAUUUCGGUUCUAUCAGUGAUGUCGUGACACAUGCCGGUAGUGAUGUAUAUGACAUUGAUGAUGAUGAUGACGAUGAUGAUGACGACGAUAAUGACAACGAUAAUGGACGCACUGAGAGAACAUGUCUUUUAGUUGCAGACGCUUAUAAAGGCCGCCGAAAUAGACGGUCGAGGAGUAGGCAACACGUUAAAAGAAGACUACAGCAAUCGCUUGAGCGUGAGAAGACAAUCUCACUUAAUACAACCAAGAUAAGGAAUCACAACAAAAGUAUUAACGCGACAGGAAAAUAUACUUCGGAAGAGGACGAAGAGAAAGUACCGCUGAAACAAAGCAGCUGUAAUGAAAGGCAAUACGAGCAGAACGAAACCGAUUUAGGCGAAUCUGUUGGCGCAAAAAAAACCACAGACAGUUAUGAAUCGGCGGAAGUUUAUACCGUAAAAGUAAUAAAAAUUAGUGGUAAUCUAGGUGAUAGCUCUGAAGAGGACGAAGACAUCGAAGAACCCUUUAAGAGUCUAGACGGUCCUGACGACGAUGCAAAAAACUUUGACGAAACGAAAUCAACAGCCCAGGUGAAACUAAAUGUUCAGCCAUCAAAACUUGUAUGUGAUGCCAUACAAGUGUCUGAAGAAAUCAAUGCUAAAUAUAAUGAACGUGCUGUCCACUUAGAAGAGCUAACAGAUUGCGCUGUGCCGACGGCUGCUCAUGCAAGUUUUGAAUUGUUUGAAGAAACGACUGAUAUUAAUAGAAAAGAAACAAAAGAAGAAUCUGCAAGAGACACGAGCGAGGAAAACGACAAUAUCAAGGAUUACCAACUAAAACAGUUUCCAGAAAUAGAACAGCAUCUGGUACUAGAUUCCGUCAAAAACGUCAACGACGAAGGUGAUAACGACAGCUGCGGCGGUGACGACCGUAAAGGUUCGCAAUGCUUAACUACAGCAACAAAAGCAAACGCAAUCAACAACGAGAACAACACGUCUACUACAAACAUCGGCAGCGUCUUGGCGGACGAAGAGAAUUGGCGCGAUAGUGUACGCGAAUCGAUUGAGUGUUACUACUCGGCACAGGAUCUGCUUGAGUACGGACAUCUCUUGAGUAGUGGCCUUAAAACACCAGACAUUGAGUCUGGUUAUUUUGAAAAAUCCGAAUCGGAUAUAUCACGUGAUGAGACCGAGGUGUAUACGAAUAAUUUAAGCAAUAGGCUAAAACAACGCUCAUUUUCGAAAUCGUAUAAUACACAAUUAACCAAUAUGUCCGAGAGUUUACGUUUCGAAUUGAAUCGUUUUAAAACGAUGAUCGAAUCGAUCGAACGUGAACGCAUUUAUGGCCAAACGACGCAAACGAAAGAGAAUACGUUCGAGUCGGUCACGAAAGCAGAAGAGAGUUAUAAUGUUGAUAUGGAGGCCGAGGUAUCGGCAGCGGCAGAUGCAGUUGCAGACGCGGUAUCGAUAACAGUUACCGGUGUCGAAACUGCCGAAGCGACCAACGCAAUGGAUGUGGACGAGGAAGAAGAAAUGGAUGUGGAGGGUGCGGUGGGCGGCGACGAUGUCACCCGUGGCUAUUGGUCUACCAUUUUCGGACAAGCUAGUCAAAUAGAGGAGACCAUGCCGGAAAUGACGCUUGACGAACGCUUUGCGGAUAUACAAAAAGCACAUCGUGCCCUUGAAUUAUUAGAGGAUUAUCACUCCAGACUAUCAGAACCGCAGGAUCGUGCACUGCGCAUAGCCAUCGAACGGGUGAUACGGAUUUUCAAAUCACGCUUAUUUCAAGCCUUAUUGGACAUCCAAGAAUUUUAUGAACUAACACUGCUGGAUGACUCGAAGACAAUACAGCAGAAGACAGCGGAAACACUGCAAAUCGCUAGCAAAUGGGAACAGGAUGGUCAUGCCAUAAAAAUCGCUGAUUUUAUGAGAAAUUUUAAUCGAAAUUAUGCAUUUGCCACGGAACCAAUAUCCGAUCCCAAACAAUUACAUUCGAUAAUUCCGCUCGGCGAUGACACUGGUGUGGAUGAGUUGCUGUUGAAUCAGCGCAUGAAAGUCGAUGGCGACGCCGACAUUCCCAAAGAUAGUGCGGGAGUUAGCGCUAGUGGUACUGGUGCAAAUGAGGGCGGCGGCAGCAGUACCGUAAAGGCGACGGCUCGUUCGCCUGAAUCGGCGCCCUAUAAUAACCGGCAGCAACAGCAGCAGCAGCCUAAUACUAAUGUAGAGAUUGUAAGCAGCGAAGCUGUGAAUGGUGAUGAGAGCUGGCAAUAUGAGGAUAUUACAUUGGAGCGUGGCAAUUCUGGUCUUGGUUUUUCGAUUGCCGGCGGCACAGACAAUCCACACAUCGGCACGGACACCUCCAUUUAUAUAACGAAACUGAUACCGGGCGGCGCCGCCGCUGCCGAUGGACGUUUAUGCAUAAACGAUAUCAUUGUGUCGGUGAAUGAUGUAUCUGUGGUGGAUGUGCCGCAUGCAUCCGCUGUGGAUGCGCUCAAAAAAGCCGGCAAUGUGGUGAAAUUGCAUGUGAAAAGAAAACGUGGCGGUGGCGGCGGUGCUGCUGGCGGUGGUGGUGACGCUACUGCCGCCACAUCAGCCACAUUGCCUCGUAGUGCUGCCGCCGCUGCUGCAGCUGCAGCUGCUGCUGCUGCCGGUCCGAAAGUGGUCGAGAUCGAUUUGGUAAAAGGUGGCAAGGGUUUGGGCUUCUCCAUAGCCGGCGGUAUUGGUAAUCAGCAUAUACCGGGCGAUAACGGUAUUUAUGUAACGAAAAUCAUGGAAGGUGGCGCCGCUGCGGUCGAUGGACGCCUCUCGAUUGGCGAUAAACUGAUUGCGGUUCGCACAAAUGCGGCCGAAACUAAUCUGGAAAAUGUAACACACGAGCAAGCGGUCGCCACGCUCAAGUCAAUCACGGACAAAGUAACGUUGAUCGUUGGCAAGACGCAGCAUCCAGUCAGCUCUUCACAGCCACAAUUUGCGCCGAUUAAUUCGCAUUCAACAGGUGCGAUAAAUAAUAUUGGAAAAACAGUUGUUGAUUUUGCUCGUUCACCAUCACCCUCAAUCACCACCACCACCACCACCACUACUACCACGUACAACAACAACAAUGUUAGCCACACAGCUACCACGAAUAAUAUCAACAAUAAUAUACAAUCCUCAGUACCCGCCUCCUCCACAGCAGCUGGUGUUGUUGUUGCAUCAACAUCCAGAUCCCAUUCACCUUUGCCUCAACCAGCAUCUAGGUAUGCGUCAUCAAAUGUGUUGGCCGCCGUGCCACCCGGAACGCCACGUGCCGUCAGCACUGAGGAUAUUACACGUGAACCGCGCACAAUCACCAUACAAAAGGGUCCACAAGGUUUGGGCUUCAAUAUCGUCGGCGGCGAGGAUGGUCAAGGUAUAUAUGUGUCAUUUAUACUGGCUGGCGGACCCGCUGAUGCUGGCGGCGAGCUGAAACGUGGCGAUCAGCUCAUGAGUGUCAAUAAUGUCAGCUUGAAUAAUGCUACUCAUGAGGAGGCCGCUCAGGCGUUGAAGAGUUCCGGUGGUGUUGUGACAUUGGUCGCUCAAUAUCGCCCCGAGGAAUACAAUCGCUUUGAGGCGCGCAUACAAGAGCUGAAACAGCAAGCCGCGCUCUCGGCCGGCGGUACGGGCACACUGUUGCGCACCUCACAAAAGCGUUCGCUGUACGUGCGUGCGCUCUUCGAUUACGAUCCGAAUCGUGAUGAUGGUCUGCCGUCGCGUGGUCUGCCCUUCCGCCAUGGCGAUAUAUUGCACGUGACCAAUGCGUCUGACGACGAGUGGUGGCAAGCACGUCGCGUGCUCGGCGACAGUGAAGACGAACAAAUCGGUAUUGUGCCAUCGAAACGACGAUGGGAGCGAAAGAUGCGCGCACGCGAUCGUAGUGUUAAGUUCCAAGGUCAUGCCGCUACUAAUAAUAACCUGGACAAGGUCAGUAAUGAGCAAUCGACGCUCGAUCGAAAGAAGAAGAAUUUCACAUUUUCACGGAAAUUCCCGUUCAUGAAGAGUCGCGAUGAGAAGUUGGGCGAAGAUGGCAGCGAUCAAGAGCCAAACGCAAACGGAGUUGUAAACAGCAAUAGUGAACUUGAUGUUAACAAUGUUAACAACAAUGAUUCAAAUGAACCGCAACCUUUUAUGCUUUGCUACACACAAGACGAUGCCAAUGCUGAAGGAGCUGAAAUUAUCUACCGUGUGGAGCUGCCAGACAUGGAGCAGAUAACACUAAUCUAUUUGGAGAAUAGCGACGCUGACUAUCCAUCCGAAGAGAAUGUGCUAUCGUACGAGGCCGUACAACGGUUAUCCAUUAACUAUACACGACCGGUAAUCGUGCUUGGCCCAUUGAAGGAUCGCAUCAAUGAUGACUUGAUAUCGGAGUAUCCCGAGAAGUUUGGCUCCUGUGUACCACACACGACUCGACCGAAGCGUGAUUACGAGGUGGAUGGUCGUGAUUAUCAUUUUGUUUCGUCGCGUGAGCAAAUGGAACGCGAUAUACAAAAUCAUCUAUUCAUCGAAGCGGGCCAAUACAAUGACAACCUCUAUGGCACAUCGGUGGCGAGUGUACGCGAGGUUGCGGAGAAGGGUAAACACUGCAUUUUAGAUGUCUCGGGCAAUGCCAUUAAGCGGCUGCAAGUCGCUCAACUAUAUCCAAUUGCUAUAUUUAUCAAACCGAAAUCGGUGGACUCAAUAAUGGAAAUGAAUCGACGCAUGACGGAAGAGCAAGCGAAGAAAACUUACGAACGUGCGAUUAAAAUGGAACAAGAAUUCGGCGAAUACUUCACAGGAGUGGUCCAAGGCGACACCAUCGAAGAGAUCUAUAGUAAAGUCAAAGCGAUGAUCUGGUCACAAUCGGGACCAAUCAUUUGGGUACCAUCCAAAGAAUCUCUAUGACCAACAGCCACGACGACAUGGACACUGCCGCCUCGAGUACGCUGUCGACCAGUCUCGAGAUCAACAACAAAUCAACAUCAACAGCAAACGCACUGAUUUUGAACGACAUUGAUGGAACACGAUGUCGCCAACAACGACAACACACACAAGCCGUAACCGAAACGCAGCCGAUAAUUCAUGUGGAUGCGUUAUGCAAAUGAGGUAAAGAAAGAGAAUUGAAAAUAGUGGACAGACACACGCACGCGGCAUAACAUCUUCAACGUAGAAUAAAGUCACACCCACGCGCAAAAUGUCACCAGCCUUAAGUAAAUAUAUAUAAGCUGAAAGCAAGCAAGGCCUGUCAGGCCUUAGUGACGCAAUAUGGCUGAUGUUUCUGUCUUUCUGUCAGUGUGUGUGUAUGUUUUUGUCGAUGCCUAUUUGCAGUCGGGUGUUUGCGUCGUUGAUGCGACCGUGCGUUAUGAAGAAACAAGUGGAGAUAAUAUGAAAAUAAAAACACUAUAGAAGAAAUAUGUUGUAGCUAAUAAAAAGAAAACCACAAAAACAAAUAACAAUAAUGAAUAGAAAUAAGUCAGGCUGCGACUACUCUCCUACAUAUAUACUGAUAAUGAUGAUGAUGAUGAUGGUGCAUUUGUUGUUUGUUUGUUACCGCUAGCAAUUAAAAAGAAAUUCGAUAAUCGUUUAAUAUAUAUAUGUAUGUAUAUAUAAAUAUACAUGUGCAUAUAUAAAAUUAUAUAUAUAAAUAAUUAGUAACGAAGCAGAAAUUUAAUAAAAUUGUAAUGCAUAUGAGUACACACGCUCUUCAUAUAUAAAGAAAUUGCAAAUUCUACACGCAUACAUACAUAUAUAAAUACCGACGUACAUACAUACAUGAAUACAUAACUGCUUGCAUAUAUCAUACAAAAAUAAUAAUAAAAAAUCAAUAGCAAUGAGGGCAGCAACUAAGAAUUGCGUAAACAAGACGUCAUACGAUUUAGCAGCAAAUAAUUGCAAAAUAAAUAAAUUACAAUUAUAACCAGUGCCGAUGAACAAACUCGCUUACAUAUGUACCAUAGGCAAUCCAGCAAUGAAUAAAAACCGUUGAAGUUAGUUGCGUACACAGUUAAAGCUGAAGAAAAUAGCGUGCGAAGAAAAUUAGAAAAACCUAACCUAAAAAAUGAAAGUUUGAGCAAUGCGUAGUUAAAGUGAGGAAAUUUAAGAAUUGUUUUAUUAACGUUAUAACGUACACUAUUUUAUUUAUAUUACAUAUAUAUAUAUUUGUAUUAUACAAAUUUACAUUAAAAAACAUAUAUGCAGAAAAGUAAAAGUAAAGUAAAGAAGAAACGGUAAAUGCAGUGUAAGUUGAAAAAAAACUGUAUUUGUCAUAAAAAAAUUGUAUGUAACAGCAAAAUGCAAAAACAACUACAACACAAUAUUUUAUGUAAUAAUUUCGCAUAUAAUUUUUGUUUUAUUUUUAUUAAUUACCGUUAGUGUUAACAACAAUUUUACUUUCCUACAAACUGUCACAAUUCGGGUUGAUGUUGUCUCAAGGCUAACGCAGCAACAAUAAUAAUUAAAUAUGUAUUAAAAAAAAAAAGAGAAACAGUUAAAACAAAAUUUUGUGUUUGUAUGUGCUGCAUUUAGUUGGAACCCUGUAAAAAGUAAAUACCAUAUUUUGUAUGUAUUGUAUGCCUCGAAAAUAGCUACUUUACUUUUAGAACAAACUGUAACAGCGCAAACUGCAAUUUUGUUGCAUUCAUAACGCUCAUAAUUUAUUUAUCAUUUAUUUGUAUUUGUAUUUGUUAUUUUUAUUGCCCAGUUGGUUGUGUAUUUUGUAAAAAGGCUUACAACAACAACACAACAAUGUUACUACUAUAAGCCUUGUAAAUGUGCUUAUGCAAAUAGGCAUAGUCAAAAUAGUGAGGUUAAAUUCGAAUAUAUGCUACUUAGCUCCAUACAUACAUACAUACAUCAAGCUGCAUUGCUUUUAUUUAUAAUUUACAAUUUACCACUCUGUUUUACGAGUUUACGUUAAACUUUUACACACUUACGACUACUAUGUAACUGCUAAUGUCUUUAUUAUUUAUAGGUUAAAUGACAAUUUAAUUUAAGCGCUUAAUUUUAUUUUAUUUUAUUGUACAUUUUUGUUGUAAAGCUGUCGACAACCAACCGACUGGGUAGCUUACAUGUUUUCACACUUAUUUAAUUGUUCGGAAAACCGAUGCCUUUCUACAAAGGGUCCAGUACAGCAGCCAUAAUAAGCUCCAGCUUACAGCAGAGGUAGCAGCGCUGCAUUGUAAAUUGUGCACCAGUCAAGAAUGUUUGUGUAAAAGCGCGCAGCUUCAAACUCUAUUAGUCCUAUGCAUAUUACUUAUACUACAACAACAACUACAAAUACUAUUAUAAUAUAAAUUAUUACUGCUACUCCGCUACACUACUUAUUGUUGAAGUAUGUGUGUGUGUAAUGUAAUGUAAUGUUAAUGUUUUUUUUUCUUUCUAGAUAAAUAUUAUCUUUGUCUUACAUUUUAAAUAUUUUUAUAAUUUAAAAACUAUUGUACAAGUUAUUACAAGCAUAUAUAAUACGUACUCAACAUACAUGCAUACUUAAUAGCAACACAAAACACGACAACAAAAAAAUAACAUAAAAACCAAGAAAAUUAAGCAAAAAUAUGGAAACUUAACAAUAACAACAACAAAAAAUACUUUUUUUCAACGAAUAUCUAAACUAAAAUGCGUUAAGUGCAAGAACAAGAGAGUAAACAAUAAUACAGAAUUUAAGUAAACAGUUUAACUUAAUUAAAUCGUUUAAUUUUUAUUCAAAAAAAAAACAUACUAUAUUGUUUUAUUUGCUUUAUAUAACUAGUAUAAUUUAGUUUCAAAUACACGAAAACAGUUCGAAGUUAUAAAAAAACAAAUGAUUGCUACAAUAGCAAAUUGCAUUGCUAGACGACAGACUUAACUCUUGACUAGCCUAGUACACAGCAUUUUGCGUUUUUAAAACCAACUUUUUUGCAAAAUUUUCUAAUUUUUGCUUCUUAAAGCAGGUCUCUCCAUAUUCUAAGCGAAUUUUACCCAACACAGCGCUCCAAUUUUGUGGCCCCCAAUAAACAAUAAGCAGGGCAGAAUUCUGUUCUUUUAUUUGAUACCUGUUUCGGUUGAGAUUUGCCUGACUCAUGCUUAAAAAACGUUUUAGUUAACCCAAAUGCAGACAAAAAUUUGAUUUAGCCGGCACACAAACCCCACCUGCUGGCAUGAGACUUGUCGCGUUUACAUUUUUGCCUAUUGGCAGCAGCAGAGAAUGUUAAUGAAUAGAGAAGGAGCAAAUGUUAAAUCAAAUCGUUUUGAGUACUAAUUUGUAAUUCCAGAUGAGGUAACAUCGAAAAAUGAAUGGCAAUUUUAUAUAAUAAUUUAAUGCCAUAUAUCGUGCAUAAUAUGAAAAUAUGUGAAAUAUUAUUUUAUCUCGCUAAUAGAUCAUGUUGCCAAUUCUCCUUUCUGAAGGGAACAUCAGACAAAUUCUUCAAUUUCUGAUUUUUACCAUCGUCGUGAGGAAGCAGCUUGUGGGCAACAUGCAAAUGCGAGGGGAUUAUGGUAGGAAGGAUAUUCAGUGGUGGCGCGCAUGUGCGGUAGGAAUUCUAUAUGAAAACCAAAUGUGGUUUACCAGGCGCACAGAAAAAAUAGUGCGACGCGGAGUUAUGAGCGAACGCACUUUGCUUUGAAGCAGACGAACGUUCCUUAUGAAUGAAUUUGUUGUCGUUGUAAUAUGAAAUACUUAGAAAAUAAGGGCGAGUUUGUUUGAAUCAAAGGAAUGAAGGAAGGCAAUUUCAAGAAUAUUCACAUAUAAAUUGAACAUUUGAAGCAAGUAAACGACAAUAGCUGUUUGAGUUAACAGAUUAGACACAUUUGCUUGAAUAUCGUCUGCGGUGCUGUUUGUAUAGCACACUUUCUUAUUGCAACGUGAAAUAUUUUGCCUAAGUUCAAAUCCUAUCACAUAUAUUUUUAUAUACUCUUUUUUUGGGUUUGUAACCCUUUGAUUAAAUGAUAUUUUAAUUCUGUUUUCAUAUCAUUUCCCUCAAUGUUUAUAUUUUCUUGUCAUCUGUGCAUGUGUAUGUAUGUACAUUUUGCUUGGUUCCCUUAUAGAGUGGUGUAGUUCGUUGGGUACCUUGAUAGGGAGGUGAAAUUUUAUUUUCGAACUUGCGCGUUUUCGAUGUUCCCUCAUAGCAAUUUACAUUUUAGCACAUUUAACAUGACAUUUGCGCCUUCUCUGUUCAUUAACAUUCUCUGCUAUUGGGACCAGGCGCGCAGAAGCAAAGAACAGAGAAUGUUAAUAAUUAACAUUUAUCUGGUAGGUGGCUGCUGCAAAAAAAUGUUGAAAGUUGUAGCAUGCUUUUAGGCGCUACAUGAAAUGUGCGCGGUUUUUGUUCGUGCUGUACUUCUUAGUACAUUACUAUAUACGUUCAGAUAUUCAAGCAUAACUUGCGUUUUACUGCACCGAUUUUGCUGAUUUUGACGCUAAAUUAAAAUGACGGCGGUACAAAUUAAUUUAGAAUAUUAACAAUAAUUUUUACCUCAGUUGCAGUGUUUUUUGUGAAAUUAACCGGAAACAAUAAAAGCAGAGCAAAUAUGAAUUUUGUUUUCUUAAACUUACCCAUUUUUAAAUGAAACAACACUCCAUAAUUUUAAUUUUAAUAGAGCUGAUCUAAAACUAAUUUGAAGACAUACUUACUGUGACAUUAAAGCAUUGCCGUAUUCCAUUACGUAUGUUACAUAGCAUGAUAACAGUUAUAUACAAGUAUUCCAAAGCCAAAUAUAUUGGCUGCUUAUAGGGCUGCAAGAAUUCUAAAUAAAGACUAUAUUUAGUUAUGCCUGCUUUUUGUUCGUAUAAUGUUGAUGGAAAGACCAUCGUGAGCGAACCUUAUUAAUUAAAUAUGCACUGGGUAUUCUAUAUCUAUCAUAUACUGAUAUAUAGUCAUCGAGCUUUUCCACGUCUCUUCACACAGCUGAAGCUGAGUGAGGUAUUGUUGUGUCAGAAAUAUUCGAAGCGGUCGCUAUUAGAAAAACAAAAAUGGACUUCCAUAGCUAAAAUAUGGUAAAUAUGUGUCAGUUAGAGCUAUACUGCUGUUAUUAUUGUUUUCAAGAAAUAUCCCUUACAUAUGUGAAUACGUAUUACAUAUGUGAAACAUUAUAUAUUUUUGGUAUUCGCGAAAUUUAGUAUAAAUUAAAUAACAGAGUGCAAAAACAAUUGAAUUAAUUUAUUAUUAUAUUUUAUGUUAAUUUUCUAUAUAUUUUUUUAUCUUAUUUUAUAAUCCUUUUUUUACAGUGAUAUUUUUCUAAAUUCAGAUUUGCAAAAAUAUUGGCUUGCACUUCUCACAAACAACAAGAAAAAUCAUUACAUACAUAGUAUAUACAUAUACUGUAGGUAUAUAGCAUAUGCACAUACAAACAGUAGUGUGAAUUGGCACUCGGAGUAAAGUUGCGUAUACGCAGUGUUGAUCACGCUUUACCAUAUAAGCGAACCUCACGUACAGCAUACCAUGAGCUAUUUACUCCAUAACAUAUGAGGAGAAAAAGUAAAAAUCAUUUAAAAUAUGUUAUUUCAGGGCAAGCAAAAUUUGCUUUCUUCGAAGAGCCUACAAAAACUACUAGAUGAUUGAUCCUUACACAAAAACUGAUUUAGGUCACAUUUAAAAAAAUAUCAAUUACACCACUCAACACCAAUGUAAAUAUAAAUAUUUUAUAUGUGAUUGAGAUGUUUGAAACAUCAGCUUUCAAGCCAUGCGAAAUCGAUUCAUCUUGGCAUCUUGCUACGAAAGUAUAAAAAUGAGGCUAGGCUGAUAAUGAAUUAGCAGUACUGUAAGGUGUACAACGGCAAAUUUCUCUCAACCAAGCCUAUAAUCUGUACAGCGCAGUAGAAAUAUUACUACGUGCAAAAUUUAAAAGUCUAAAACAACAAAGAAGACGAGAGCAGUCGUGUGCCCAUAUAUCUAUGAUAGCUGUUUCCUGAGGAAAUUACGAACUUCAAUAUCAAUAUUUAUAAAUUUUGAUUUAGAAUUGCUGAGCAUUUUUGGGGAACAUACAUAACACACGUUUCAAAUACUUUUAUAAAAAUUAUUUCAAAAUUAUGUUUUUUGGUUAAGCAUUAUGAAAGUUUAUUUCGAGUACACAGAUCCGAAAUCAAUACCUGCGACCACUAACAAGCCCGGAAAGCUGCAUACAUGCUAGUAUAUAACAACAAAUGAACUAAUAAACUAUGCAUACAAUUCUUAUGAAAAAUUCAAAUAUACAUUAUGUAGCGAAAAAUUCAAGUAUAGUGUAAAAAAUUAUGGGCAUUGUACCAGAAAGAAACGAAGAAGUAAAUGCAAAUGAGAACUUAAAUGAAAAAAAUAAAAUAAAUAAAAAAGGGAAAAUUAUUUAUUAAAAAAAAGUAACUAGAAACGAAUUCCAAACUAAAUUGAUUAAAGACAUAAAUAUGUAUAUGUAUACAUAUGGCAUAUAGUAGAAAUGUGCAUAAGUAGGCAACUUUGAUUCUAUUACGAGAAAUGCUGAAUAAAAAAUUAUGAAACAUUUAAUAAUGACCAAAAAGGCAACCAAAACUUCAGAAAUAGUUAUCUAAACCACGUGCUUAGAUCAGACUCCAACAUAAAAAAUAUAAACUCUUAAAGUAAAAAAAAAAACUUUUUGAUAACAAAAACCUAUGAAUAUUUAUAAAAUAAUUCUCCAUAACAUAAAUACCAUUUGUUUCUUUAUUUUUGACUACAUACAAAGAACUAUGCGCCGCUUUCAAAUACAUCUUGGAAUAUCCCUCAUUCACUCUAGCACUCCCUCUCAGCCUCACUCUCACACUUUCUCAGCUAAAACAAAUAAAUUCAUAUCUUAUCAAAUAACUACAGAGCUGAGAAAAAAGCUGCAGCCUUUUUAAAUUGUUCAGAUGAAUAAAACGGAUUAAUUUAGACACGUCUACCUGGAUUUUCGUUCGAAAAGACAAUGACUAUAACAAAAAAUAAAAGUGAUGGCCAAUCUAAAGUAACUAUAUGGUUUUCUUGUUCCCAUUGAUUACAGAGUCUGUUCCUAUGUAUCUGAUCAUUGUCUUCCUACAGUAACGAAUCAUGAUUAUUUUUACCGUGAAACAUUUCAGCGGACUUCAGUAAAAACUCAUUUUACAAUUUUAACGGUGUUCAGGUUUUCUGUAAGGCACCUGAAAACUCCAAAUCCCUUAGCAGAGAAGCAUCCAUAAACAUGCACUUUUGGUGCUUAACACUUCUUUGAGUAAAUGUUUGUAAUUUUCUUUGACAAACACUUCUCAAGCGGUUGAAUAAUAUAAAAGUUGACUCAUCUGUAAAUAUUGCAUUGCUCCAAUCACGGUCGAUGUUCUCCUACGCACAGUGCAACCUUGUCUCAAUAUGUGUUUUUUAAAGUGCUGUUUCUUCUCAAGAAGGAGAACCAUAGCUUUGUCCUCACUUUUAGAUGUCACGUGGUUCCUCCUGGUUGGUUAUCUACAUUUCCACGUUCUACCGUGAGACCAUCUCUUCACAAAUGUACAACUCGUAUUUCAAUAUUUUGCGGUUUUUUUUAAUAGUUCAGUUAGGAAAUUUAGGAUGCUUCGUUAGAAAAACUGCUUCAAAUGGUUUUUAUGCUGGGUCCCCUAUUUUUUAUUUCACGGCACGACGCAAGACAUUAAGAAUAUUGGAAAACUGACCGCAUUGUACGCAUCAGCAAUCGCAAUUGAUUAUUUGCUAAUUUGCAAAAAAAAAAAAUAAAAUAAAAUAAAAACAGUUUUCCACGAAUUGAUCACUCAAAGGAACGACGUCGUUAUUUUUUAAAUACACUGCCAUGGCGGACUAUUCGUUUUCCAAUUGCAGCAAGUCGUCUUGAAGCAAUUAAGGGACACAGCUAGUGUCCAAGUUUUUCCAAAUUUCAAUGGGAGAUACUUUUAAAAAUAACAUACAAAAAUGUUAAAAAAAAAUAUCUGAUUAAGUUUUUGAGUUACAGCCUUCUAAAGAGAAGCCGCUUAGCUCCAUAAGUUUAUCUUUAAACGCGUUUUUCUUAAAGAAUAAUUUCGCGAAGACAAAUUAUCCGAUAAGUAUCGAAUUUUAUUGGGUGAAAUUAAUUUUUGUUUUUAAACGCCGCCAUUGUGUCAGUUUUUGAUUUUUUUAUGCCGUAGGUCAUUGUACGCACAGUGUCUUUUAGUAGACAAUUUUUAUUUAGAUUUCAUCCACUGCGUAGCCGGAAUCACUGCAGCAGUGCAGGUUCUUACUUUUUCAGCGUAGUCAACAAAACCAUCGCGUGUAACUCGAAAAAUAUUUAAUUUUUUCCCCAAAAAAUUUACUGUGUAUUCUUAAAAUAUGUGUUAAAGGAGUCCCACGCAUAAAUUACCAUAAAUGGAUUUAAUUUUUUUUCAUUGAGGUAAACUACUGACUUUUUCUCAAUAUUUUCAAUUAUAAAGAUUUACCAUUCUCAAAAUAACAUACAUAUGUAUGUAAGAGAUUUCUACAUAUUGGACCACUACUUAUAUGACCUUGAAAAAUGACAAAUAUGUUUCGUAGUUUUUAUUUUCUAGCGUUGGUGGAGUCGUAGUAAUAUUACUUUUUAUGGCCAUCAGCCUUCAGCUGACAAAGUCAAACCGGGAGAUGUAUUUUUGACACGAUAAAGCAUUUAAGCAAAAUUCAGCAAAUUAUGGAAAUAUAGAUAGCGACCAAGACCUAGACGUAUAGGUCUCUAAAAUUAUAGUAUAAUGUCUAGGCACACUCGACAACUGGGAUUCCCCAUUCCAGUCGAGCAAAUACCCGGAAAAUUUAUAAAAACCUAUAAAUAAUACAAUUAUUAUUAUUUUAUUCAUUAUUUUAUCCAUUAUUUUUACGUUAUAUAACUAUAGUGAGUACAACUCCGCAGUAGCUUAACCCUAAUAUACAUUUUGAAAUAUGUAUUAUCCCUCAUACAAUUUCAGCCUCUCUCCCCAUCAUAUAAACACAUGCGCACAUACAUUCACGCACACACACACACACACACACACAAAAUGUCAUCCGCUUUAAUCGUUUACCAUUAGCAAACGCGUUUCAUCAAAAUGUGCCUUUUCAGUUAUUGUUGUUGUUAUCAGCAGUUCAAAAAUAAAUAUGCAUUAAAUCACAAAAUCCAACAGGAACAAAAGGAAUAAACUAAAAAAAAAACUAUAAAUACAUACAUACAUGUACAUGUAUGUGUGUAUGUAUGUAUAUAAAGUAGAACAAUACAAUGGCAAACUAUGAAAAGCAAACAGUGAAUUGAUUAGCCUAUGAGAAAUGCAUUCACGCGCAUGCUUAAAUAAUACAUUUAAAUAUUUAUACAUAUGUACGAAUAUACAUAUGUACAUAUGUAGCGAAUGUACAUACUUAGAUCAAGUUAGCAUUGCAAAUGGCACGCAGUUGAAAAAAAGCUAAGCAAAAUUCAAUAAAGGCAUUGAAAAUUAUAAAUAAAAUAAAAAUAAUAAAGGAAAUAUGUAAAGAACGAAAUAUAAAAUAAAAUGAAAAUAUUCCCGUUGUAAUAAUCAUUUUCCGUUAUUCACGCUGUCGCUAAACCUUCAUGUCCAUAAAACCUUCAAAUUAUUAUUCGACAUCAGCUGAUCCUCGUGAAUAAACUGGGAGUAAACGCGUAAGCGACGAAUGUAGAGUUCAUGACUACUAAGCGGUAGGAUAGGACCGUAAGAACUUGUACAAGGUGGUCCUAUAUAUAUUUUAUAAGAUUAAACUCUUAUAUCGUAUAUUUAAGCCGGAUUUCAGUAACCUCAAGCACAAAAUGUGUCCACAACAUAAACUAAAAACUUAAAUAAACUUUCAAACUCAAUCGAUUAACAACAUGUUUCCCUCGUAUCCAAAAUCUUCGAAACAGCGCGUUUCUUGGAACUAAUUUUCAUCUAAUGUGAACUACCGAUUAUUGGUUCCUACAUAAAGAGCAGUCAACGUAAAAUUUCAAUAUUUAGAAGGAUGUAUCCAGUACUGUUUUGAAGACAGCUACCCCGAGUUGUAUAAUAGCUCUAUUUACGAAGUAGUUUGGCAAACGAUGAUAAACUUUUGUUUGUUCAUCAGGCAUGAAAUAGUUUCUUGUCAGCAUUUCACAGAUGAACUGAAGCUGAGGAACUCAACUUUUGUAUUUUCUAUACAAUACUCUUAUUAAAAGCAACCAUAGGAGAUGACACAAGACCAAACAUUUAAAAAAAAUUUUAGUAUCAUUUGAAGUUUCAAAACUCGACUUUUAUUUAAUAGUUUUCUCUAAAUCUUACUCAGGCUACGAUAUAACUGCUUAGCAGAAUAAAAAGUAAAAUAUUUUUCUUCAUUUUAAAUAAAAAGCUUCACGAGGUGAUGUGUAGGAUUUUCGCCAUUUUAGACGAUCAAAAACGGAAUAAUGCAACGGAGCAGUGUAUCUGUUCAAUAGUUUGAAUGGGAAAGGCAUUGAAGCAAUAUCGUUUUAAUAUUUAUAACUUAUCUAUUAGUCGACGUAUGCAGUGAUUUUUUGAACAUGCGGAUUUAGCUAUGGUGAAUUAAGCAAUUUCUUAUACAAUAGCAGUUUAUCAAUCAAUAAUAUUAAUCAUUAAAAAAUUUCGUACCCAGAUAUGUACAAGAAUAUCCCUUUUACCCACCUCAGCAAGCUAAAUGCACAAACACGUUUUAAAACUCAAUUACUGGAUUGUUACUUUUUGCGAAAAAUAUUUAGUAUCUAUAGAAUGUAAAAUAAUUUUUUUUGUAAAAAAACUUAAAACUUAAAAUUUUGAAUUGACUUCAAAACCCGGUAAUUAGGAUUAAAAACCUGCUUUGAAAAAUUGUACAUAAUUUAAAUUUUAAAAAUUUAUUUCCACAGAAUAUGAAAUGUGAAUAAAUGAUAUAUUUUUUAAGGACCCAUGGUAAUUUGAUAAAAUCGUGACUUGAAUACAGUUAUUUUUUUUACAAUGAAGCGUUACGGUUCCAAUAGUAAUAUAAUAGUCAGACAGAGACUUGCCUAAAUAUUUGUUUAAGUCGAAUUUUACGAUUUUUAAAAUGUAUUUUCUUCCGAGACAACCAAGAUUCCGUGAUUAAUUGACUAUGUGCAACAAAAAUUUAUAUGCUUUCAGUUGCUGUCAAACAUUGUACUUCACAGACAUUAACGAUUAAGCAAAUUUCUUGCAAUAUCAAUCGGGCAAAGGCUGAUUUGGUAUUGAGAACACCCAAAAUAUGAGCCUUUCAUUGAUUAUUCUCCCUAAACAGGGUAUAUUAAGUUUGACACGGAAUUUGUAACACCCAAAAGAAAACGUCGGAGACUAUAUAAAGUUAUAUGUACAAAUGAUCAACGUGACGAGCUGAGCUGAUUUAGCAAUGUCCAUCCGUCUAUAUAUAACAAAAAACUGUUCAUUUGUCGGAACUGACAUCGGACAACUUUAGCGUAUAACUGACAUACAAACUGAUCGAUCGAAAUCCAAUCCUUGUAUGGAAAGCAUUGAAAGAUAUCGUGACUUAUUCAAAAAAUAAAUACAUCAAAUAAAAUGGGUCAAAUACCUGUCAAAACUCCCUCGUCUUUUGAUAUUCAUAUAUUAAUAAACAUUUAUAAAUUUAUUUAAAAAAAAAAAUGGGUUUUUAAAUCCAAGGCCGGCUUUUGGGUUUCAAAUUAUAACUGAAGAGGAAAGAGUCUAUCUCCUGUUAUUCGUCAAAACACACCUACAAUCUCACAAAACAAUUUCUCACUUGUCAACCAAGUAAUUUAAUUAGAUUUUGUGUUAAGAACUAUUUACUCGAUUUGUUUUUGAAAAAUAAUUAGGAUAAUUAAAGAAAUAUACAGGCUGACUACAAUGAAAUCAGCAAAGAAAUAACUAGAAAAUUUAAAACACAACCUAAAAAUUGUUAAAACUAUUUUUAAGCAAAUAGAAAACGGUAAAAAUUUACGAUAAUUAUGAAAACUUGAAAUCUAAAAUUAAAUAAAUAUUUAAAGAUAAAAUAAUAAUUAUACACAAUAAGAAACUAAAAAGAAACACGAAAAAAUACAAUUAUGUAAUGUUAAAUUUUGUUAGUACACCUGAAUUGAAAAUAUAUAUACAUUGAAAAAAUAUAUAAAUUGAAAUAAAAACGCAACUAUUCAAUCGAAAGCAAAAGGGUAAAUAUUUAUAUAAAAUAAGUAUAUAAAAAAUAUUUUAAAACAAAUUUAAAAGAUUAUAAACACAUUCGACAUGCGAUCUUAUUGUACUAUCAUAGAUAAAAAACAAAAAAA